AGGCGCUAUUAGUAAUUGACGAUCAUUUGUCAGAUAAAACAAUGUAUUUGGUAGACAUACAACGCGAAAAUGAAGCAAUCAGGAAAUGGACCGAAACAGUAAACGAGAACCCUUUGAUCAAAGUUUUCGUCAAAAUAGAUCCAAUAGAUGAUGAGAGGGAUUAUGAAGAUUUAUAUUAUGAAGAUUUAUAGGAAUAAUCUAAUUUGUUGGCGCUAUGACUCAUAAUGCGCUUAGUAUUAGACUUGUCAAUAAAAGCAUGUGUGAUCCUAAACAACUCUACCAGAUUAUGCACCGUUGGGAUGUUGACAUAG